CUUCUGGGGCGGGAAACAAAUUUCUCUGCUAAAUCACUCGUUCGUUUAGAAAAACACACGACAGCGCCAAAUGUUCCCAAUAUUGUUUCUGGCCUACGUUGUAGCCGUCAAAGUAUUCAAGAAGACUACCCCCAAUGGUAAAGUUACGGUAUACCUGAGUAAGAGAGACUUCAUCGACCACCUAGACCAUGUCGACCCCAUUGACGGCGUCAUCGUCGUGGAAAAUGACUAUCUCCAGGGGCGCAAAGUCUUCGGUCAAGUCUUAACGACUUACCGCUAUGGCCGCGAGGAGGACGAAGUUAUGGGAGUUAAGUUCAGUAAGGAGCUAGUGAUAUGUCGCGAUCAAAUAGUGCCAUCGAAGAAGGAGAAACAGGACACUACGUCGAUCCAGGAACGUUUGCUGAAGCGCUUGGAUCCGAAUGCGUUUCCGUUCAUAUUCCAUUUUCCGCAAAAUGCUCCUUCCUCCGUCACCCUCCAACCCGGUGACGACGAUCAAGGAAAACCCUUAGGAGUUGACUACACCGUUAAAAUAUUCGUUGGGGACAAUGAAGAAGACAAGGGACACAAAAGGUCCUCAGUAUCGCUGGCAAUCAAGAAGCUACAGUACGCUCCACUGACGCGCGGUCGCCGACUCCCCAGCUCUUUGGUUUCCAAGGGCUUUACCUUCUCCCAGGGCAAACUGAAUCUCGAGGUCACAUUGGAUAAGGAGAUUUACUAUCACGGGGAAAAAGUCGCGGCGAACGUCACAGUUACGAAUAAUUCGCGCAAAGCGGUGAAGAACAUCAAGAUGUACGUAGUUCAACAUUGCGAAGUUACCAUGGUGAACGCUCAAUUUUCACGGCACGUGGCUAGCUUGGAGACUCGUGAAGGUUGUCCGAUUACACCAGGCGCAUCCUUUACGAAACAGUUUUAUCUUGUGCCUUUGGCCAGCAGCAAUAAAGAUCGGCGUGGUAUCGCUCUCGACGGACAUCUCAAAGAUGACGAUGUAAACUUAGCAUCCUCGACUAUGGCCGCCGAGGGCAAGUGUCCGACUGAGAACUUAGGUAUCGUGAUAUCCUACUCUGUCAGAGUCAAGCUGAAUUGCGGUACCCUGGGCGGCGAGCUAGUCACCGACGUUCCGUUUAAAUUGAUGCAUCCAGCUCCUGGUGCCGUGGAGAGAGAAAAAGCCAUGCUGAAAAAGGGCAAAAGCAUCGAUAGAGCACGAUAUGAAAGCUUUUGCUACGCUAAUGAUGACGAUGAUAAUAUUGUAUUCGAAGACUUCGCUCGUUUACGCUUGAAUGAACCAGAAUAAACAAGAAAUCGACGCUUUACAUCGAAUGACUAAUUAUUUCAAAAGGAUCUCGAGUUUCUCGCGUGCUCGCAUUGGAUUAUUUUUUAAAAUCGAAUUAUAUCCUUAUCUCAAUCGUUAAGAUAAAUUUGUAUAAAUAUUAUUUAAAAUUUAAAGAAUUAGGUUAUUUAAGAUUAUUUAUCUCAAAUAUCUUAGAAUUCUUUUGAUGCAUUUUUUAGUGAACGAAUUGCAUCGAAGAACCGUAGGUGAAAAAACGGUAUUAAAAGAUUCUAAGGAUAUGAUAUUGUGAAACUGAUAUUGGGAAAUCAAGAAAAAAUGAUAAAAAAUAUAAAAACUUGCUAAAAAAAGCGAAAAGAUAACUAAACGA